AUGUCACCAUUCGGAAAUCGCCGCUCAUUGCUUGCCUUCGCUACCUGUCUCUCUCCAGCGUUUGUUCUUGCAACUCCACUCGCCGCUCCUGGACUUAACGCAGAGGGAUUGAGCAGACGAGGUAACGGUGCCAAAAUCCCUUGCGGCAAUGCGCCGAACAUAAUUGCCGGAAACCCCGUCACCGCCGCCGAUAUAGUCGUCCCUAGUCAAGACGAAGGGCCUCCGCUAGCGACUACAGACCCGUCGGGUUAUUUUCCCUACCUCUGGUGCGGCGCAGGUACAUCCACCUACGUCUUCAUCGACCCCAUUGGUUCCUACGGCUACAACAAGGGUACCGACGGUCUCAUCUUCUGGAGCGGCCUCGACGGCGCCUACAACGCAACGCAGAACGCCAUGAAAUCCCGCGCCGCCACAGGGAUAAACCCGCCCAUGGGCGACGGCUCCAUCGACAGCUCGCACAGCACAUCGCUGACAUUGCUGGUACCCAUCGGGAAUGUCACCGGCGGAGACUCUGGAGUCCAAUGGGUGGAAGUCUUUGCGCAGGAUAGUAACCACCAGAAACUGACCUGGGGCAUCUACGGGGCUGCUUUGACCAUUAUGAAGGAUUUCGUUUUGAGCUUCCCCUUGUACGCCGAUGCGUCGUAUUUUCAGAUCAACGAUGGCAAGUGGGGUACGGUGGGGAACGGGUAUGUGGGGAUCGGGCUUCAUACCAACACGACGAACUGUUACCUCAAGGGAAACCCCACGCAGAAUACCGGCCUCAUCUGUGGUAUGCCUAGCGAUUACCCUAAUAACUAG